UAAUCUUUAACUUUUUCGAGAUUUUUUUUCACUUCGCGUUUGCAAGCCCUAAUUUCUUCCCUUUGCUCUCUCGUUUGCGUUCAUCACUCUCAUUCAAUCAUGCGUUCAUCACUCUCAUUCAAUCAUGCGUUCAUCACCCUCAUUCUUCCCCAAUCCCUAAAUCCUCCCUUCCGCCGUUUAUCAUUUAUGGUGACCAAGCCAUCGAAGUGGAGUUCGCCGGUCACCGUCGAGUUCAUCGGUCUCGAUAACGUUGGCAAAAUCACCCUGUUCCACAUGUUCAAAGACGAGGGAAGAGAUCUCAGCCCUAUAACUGCGAAGCUGUGGAAGAAGUUCUUUGAAAACCUGUUUGACACAAAUUCCACUAAUGAAGUGGUUAAGAGGAUGAAGGAAAAGAAAGUUUCAUUUAAAUGGAUUCAAUUGUACGAGGCAAAAGGAAAGGAAAUGGCUCAGGUUGAGAAUGAAGCACUUGAUCGAAUCAAACAACUGUACAAAAAAGAAGAUGCAAUAGUAGUUACCACCAAGGAUUGGAUCACUGCAGGAAAACAGAGCAGGCAAGUAAGGCCUUGCACUAAAGUUCCACCUUCAAGUAAAAGAAGAUUUUGUGGAGGUUCUCACAUAUUUUGCAUCAAGGCGUGCUACCUCAUUAGUUGUUGAUAGAUGACAUGCCACAUUACAAUACUACAUUCUGAUGAGGAGUUUUGUUCAUUAUUUCAAAAUUUAGUGGUGCUGGAUCAAAUUGAAGCGCUCCGUCUCUUCGAAACUGUCUACGAUUGAAGCGCUUUCACUUCUCCUUCAAGUCUAUUGGUUUCCCUUUAUUGAAGUGCUUUGGAGUUCCUUAUGAAGGCUUUGAGCUUAAAAUAGAGAGUCGUGGAUUACCUCCUGAUGGUGGUGGCAAAGUUAUUUUAUCACUUCGUGUUGUUCAUAGUCUAUCUAUUGAAGGCAAUAAUGCAAAAGCAGAUGAUGCAAUCAUGCUUUAUCAAGAUGGUUAUUUGUCAGAAACCAAUGCAACUAACCUUGUAUGUCCUCAAAUUUACCCUUAUUGUCAAAGAAGUCUUUAUUUUCAUUCUAAGUUAUGCUUAUCAAUGAAGUGUACAUUGGCAUUGAUUGGACUGUUCUGGUUUGCAAUUUUAGGUAAUGGAUCUUGUGCAAUUUUAGGCAUUGAUUGGACUGUUCUUGUUGUAUAAAAUAUUAUUUUUGAAAAUAAUAUAUUAUGAUAGGUGAAUAAUUACUUGUCAUAAUAUAUAUUAUGAUAGGUGAAAGAAUCAUCGUCAUAAAACGCUACAUAUUAUGAUAGGUAAAGUUGCUAUAUUAUGACAGAUAAGUGAAAAUCUAUCAUAAUACACUGGACUAGGUGACAGAAAGUUCGUCAUAAUACAUUGGACCUAUUAUGAUGGACUUUUCUGUCCGUCAUAAAAUGCACAGGACCUAUUAUGACGCCUAGAACUAUGACACUAAGUUAUCCGUCAUAAUAGGUCAUAUUUACCCGUCAUAAAAAGCAAUUUUUCCACUAGUGAAAUAUACAUAGUCUCAUAAUUUAUUUAUGCUAAAUUUUGUUG